UUAAGUAGCGAGAUAGACAUUAUGGUUUCUGUGAAACGAGACAGAGACAUCGAUGUUGAAGACGACGAUGAGGUGCCAGUGAAGAUUGGCCGUUCUCAAGAUGGAGAAGAUCGCAGAAGCCGCCACUGUCCUUACUUGGACACCAUUAACAGGAGUGUGCUGGAUUUUGAUUUUGAGAAGCUGUGCUCCAUCUCUCUCUCCCACAUAAAUGUUUAUGCAUGCCUCAUCUGUGGCAAAUACUUCCAAGGCAGAGGACUGAAGUCCCAUGCCUACACCCACAGUGUGCAGUUCACCCAUCAUGUCUUCCUGAACUUGCACACUCUCAAGUUCUACUGCCUGCCUGAUAAUUACGAGAUCAUAGACUCCUCACUGGAGGACAUUACGUAUGUGCUGAAGCCCACCUUCACCAGGCAGCACAUCGCCAAUCUGGAUAAGCAGGGAAAGCUGUACCGUGCCUACGACGGCACAACCUAUCUGCCGGGCAUUGUGGGCCUCAACAACAUUAAGGCCAAUGACUAUGCCAACGUGGUGCUGCAGGCUUUGUCAAACGUGCCUCCGUUGCGGAACUACUUUCUCGAGGAGGAAAACUACCGGGGGAUCCGCCGCCCGCCCGGCGACAUCAUGUUCCUGCUGGUGCAGCGCUUCGGGGAGUUGAUGCGCAAGCUGUGGAACCCCCGAAACUUCAAAGCCCACGUGUCGCCGCACGAGAUGCUGCAGGCGGUGGUGCUGUGCAGCAAGAAGAACUUCCAGAUCACCAAGCAGGGGGAUGCUGUUGACUUUCUGUCCUGGUUUCUGAAUGCACUGCAUGGCGCCCUGGGAGGCACCAAGAAGAAGCCUUCAAUCAUUACCAAGGUGUUCCAGGGAUCCAUGCGCAUCUUUUCUAAGAAGCUGCCCCACCCAGAUUUGCCGCCGGAGGAGAAAGAGGCCCUACUCCUGAAGGAGGAGUACCAGGAGGAGAUGUCAGAGUCCACCUUCCUGUACCUGACCCUGGAUCUCCCCACUGCCCCUCUCUACAAGGAUGAGAAGGAGCAGCUCAUCAUCCCCCAAGUCCCCCUCUUCAACAUUCUGGCCAAGUUCAACGGCAUUACAGAGAAGGAGUACAAAACCUACAAAGAGAACUUCCUCAAAAGGUUCCAGCUGACCAAACUGCCGCCCUACCUCAUCUUCUGCAUCAAGAGAUUCACCAAGAACAACUUCUUUGUGGAGAAAAACCCCACCAUUGUCAACUUCCCCAUUACGAACGUGGACCUGCGCGAGUACUUGACAGAAGAGGCACAGGUGUCGGAGAAGAACACCACCUACGACUUGGUGGCCAAUGUGGUGCAUGAUGGGAAGCCGUCAGAGGGCGCUUACAGGAUUCAUGUUCUCCAUCAUGGGACUGGGAAGUGGUAUGAGCUCCAGGACCUGCAGGUGACUGACAUCCUGCCCCAGAUGAUCACGCUGUCAGAGGCAUACAUACAGAUCUGGAAGAGAAGAGAGAGCGGGGAUGAUGUGAAGAACAACACAGGAGCAUGAGUGAGGAGCUGUUUUUUUUUUUUUAAAUGCCAUUGGCCGCUUCCCCUGGCAUGCCCCACCAAAGCGGAGAUAAACGGCCAGCGUUUUCCAGGUCCUGGGGAUCGGACUGAGAUCAGUUCAGAACAACCCACUUUUUCUGGGCAAAUGUUCUUAACUCUGACAGUACUGGAGUUGUCGGCAGUGUGUGUUCUGAGGUCUGUUUUUCACUUCGUCUGGAUGCACUGUAUUUGUCCCUCAGCCCCCUUACUUUAAUUCAAACUGUUUGUAUUUCAGGAAUAGGACUGACCAUUAAAUGUGCUUGAUGUAUGUGAUCCUUUCUUGUGUGACCAGAAUAGUUCUUGCUCUUUAAAGUGUCUGAAUGUCGGGGGCGUUUUUUUUACUCCAUGUUCUCAUAUUUAAUGAGGCUGCCUUCAAACCAUGUAAAUAAAUUUCAGAAAAAAAACAGUCUCUGCAACUUACACUUCAUUUAGUAAAACAAGUUUGUGAUCAUUUAAAAAAAUGGCUUCUGUAGGAUAAAGAUGGACACUGUUUGAACAGGCAGUUCAUAGAACCUAGGUCUAGAACUUGACUGGUAAUUUUGUGUCCAUGGUGUUGAAUGAACGUGCUUGAUUUGUAUAUUGCAUUCUGC